CUUUUCUUGUUAGAAAAUUAGUGUUGUUAUCUAUCCUAGUCUCUCAUACUCUCCUUGAAGUUCCUCAUCUUUACCUCACCCUCCCAAACUAUACCAUUCAUUCACACAAAAACCAAACCUUUCUUUGUGAAGUUUAAAUCUUUAACCAUGUCCAGUUCCACCCUCUUCUCCUCUGUAGCUAUAGCACCUAUAAAUCUCUCACAGAAGAAACCACUUCAAUCAUCAUCCUUUCUCUUUUCCUCUUCAAACCCUUCAUUUCUCACUCUAAACACACUUCCAAAGAAAUUCACUAAACCCAACAAACUCAGAACCCUAAUUGUUGCCAAAUCCAAUGAAAAUGACUCAGCUGAUGCUCCUGACCGUUUGAUUUCAGCUCUUUGUUACUUUUACCCUUUUUUUGAUGGUAUUCAAUAUGGAAAAUUUGUAAUCACUCAGUUUUACCCUAUUCAAGCUAUUGUUCAACCAUUGGUUCCUGCAAUUAGGGUUUUCAAAAGUUUUCCCUUUAAUGGGUUUCUUGUGUUUUUGACACUUUACUUUUUUGUUGUCAGAAACCCUAAUUUUAGUAAAUAUGUGAGGUUCAAUACAAUGCAAGCUAUUGUUCUUGAUGUUCUGUUGAUUUUUCCUGAUCUUUUGGAAAGAGGGUUUAAUCCAAGAGGUGGGUUGGGUUUGGAUUUGUUGAUGAGUUUGGAUAGCACUGUGUUUUUGUUUCUGUUGGUGUGCUUGAUUUAUGGUUCUUCUUCUUGUAUUUUGGGUCAAAUCCCUAGAUUGCCCAUUGUUGCUGAAGCAGCUGAUAGACAAGUUCUUUGAUUUCAAUGUAUACCAUUUAUUUGGUAAUUUAUUUGUAUAGCAACUUAUUGUUUAAAUUCAGAAUUUUGGUAGUGCAAUAAAGAUUGCUCUUUCACUUCUUUAAUAGCAAUCCUAUAAUGUUGUAAUGUAAGGAAACAUAUUUUAUUUGUUUCUAAUUUUGCUGUGUUCUUAUAUGGCUUUCAAUUUAAGUAAUUUCUUAGUCUGGCUUUAGUUUUUUUGGUGAAUUUGAGACACUGAGAAACUUCCCUUUGUAGUAUAUUGUUGUUAAUUGAAUAGAAGUUAUGCCUUUA